AUGCCGCCAAUCAGAAGACCAAACAUUGGUUCACGCAGCCGUAAUGCACGAAAAAUAGCAAUUCUCCGUGCAACUAGAAGCUCUGAGCAAAACACUGCAGCAAAUCAACAGCUUCGGGAACGGAUAACGAGAAUUCGUGCACGACGAACUCAGGUGGAAGCAGAAGCACAGGUGAAUGCUGGACCGCAGGACGAACACAAUUUGAUAUCUAACGCCAAUCGCCGAAGAACAAUAAGCGCUUUAAACAUCCAAUUGCAUCGCGCUGCGUUCCAAUAUGACUGCACAACAGACUACAGCAAACUGCCAUGCGUUACUAUUGGACCCAUGGAUUUGGUAUGCCAACAUUGCAAUGCUCUGAAAUUUCACUCGGAAACAGCAGGAUUCUGUUGUUCAGGUGGCAAAGUGAAGUUGCCACCACUGGCUCAACCACCAGAACCAUUGCUAUCAUUGUUGACUCAAGACUCGCUGGAAGCAAAACAUUUUUUAACGAAUGUUCAUAAGUAUAAUAGCUGCUUCCAAAUGACGUCUUUCGGAGCGAACAUCGUUGAAGAAAGUGGAUUCAACCCAACGUUUAAGAAUGCGGUGGACAUGUACGUCAAAAUUGAGACUGAGCGCUUGAACUUCAUAAAAUUCAAUCAAGUCAAACUGCAGUCCGAGGAGUACGUUCAUUUGCGAGAUGCAAUAAGUUCAGAUGGGAAUGUCCAUGAUAUUGGUCGAUUGACAAUUCUUCCAUCCACUUAUGUCGGAAGUCCACGAUAUAUGCAAGAACAUUCCCAAGAUGCCAUGACGUAUGUGAGACAUUACGGCCGCCCAGAACUUUUCAUAACGUUUACAUGUAACCCGAAAUGGACGGAAAUAUCUCAGUUCUUACUACCCGGCCAGACAUCGAGCGAUAGGCAUGAUAUUACCGCACGGGUAUUCCGGCAGAAGCAAAAAUGUCUCAUGGAUUUCAUUGUUAAGCAGAGGGUGUUUGGCGAAGUGAGAUGCUGGAUGUACUCCAUCGAAUGGCAGAAACGAGGUCUUCCGCAUUCACAUACGCUUAUAUGGUUGGUUGACAAAAUACGUUCUGAACAUAUCGAUAACAUAAUACAUGCGGAAAUCCCGGACGCAAAUAUAGAUGCAGGACUAUUUGAAAUUGUUAAAUCACAUAUGGUCCAUGGACCUUGCGGUCAACACAAUCCAAGAUCACCGUGUAUGGUUGGUGAUAAAUGCACGAAACGAUAUCCCCGUCCAUUGCUCGCCGAAACUAUUUCCGGAAAUGAUGGAUACCCCCUGUACCGGCGGCGUUCCCCCGAGGACAAUGGCCAGUCGUUUAUAAUGAACCUAAAAGGAAGUAACGUUGUUGUUGACAACAGCUGGAUUGUUCCAUAUUCACCGCUACUCUCCAAAACCUUCAAAACACACUGCAAUGUUGAAUUAUGCAACUCGAUCAAAUCAAUCAAGUAUGUUUGUAAAUAUGUGAACAAGGGCAGCGACAUGGCCGUUUUUGGAAUUGCUGCUCCAGAUGCGAACGACGAAGUGACACGAUAUCAAUUGGGCCGUUAUAGCGAUCCAUUUGCCCAAACACUCCUAUACUCCGAAAUCCCGCGGUAUUAUACAUGGAAUGCGUCAUCAAAAAUGUUCCAGAGGAGAAAGCAAGGGCAAGAAGUUCCCGGAUACGACAAUGUUUUUUCCACCGACGCACUUGGACGAAUCUAUACUGUGCAUCCGAAAAACGAUGAGUGUUUUUAUCUUCGUCUGCUGUUGGUCAAUGUUCGUGGACCUACAUCAUUUGAAUCACUUCGGACCGUGGAUGGUGAACUAUUCGAAUUGUGGAGCAAAUAUAAGGAUUAUAUGGCUGACGAUAUUUUGCAUCGAGUUCGUACAACCACUCUAAAUUACCAACUUGAAAUGGACGAUGGGAUACACAACGAGGCGUUGCUCUUGAUUGAAGACAUGUGUUUGCUCAUGAGCGGCAGUUCGUUGGACAAACUAGGCAUGGUAGUACCGAAUCGUGCAAUGCACGAUGCAUUGAACCGAGAGUUAGAACGUGAACGAGAAUACGAUCGAGACGCAUUGAACCAGGCAGUUAGAACAAAAAUUCCGUUAUUGACUAACCAGCAAAAGGAAGUAUACGACACAUUGCUGAAAGCGGUUGACGAGGGAAACGGAGGCAUUUACUUCAUCGACGCGCCUGGCGGAACUGGCAAGACGUUUCUGAUUUCAUUGUUGUUGGAUUCAGUAAGAUCGAGAUCGGAAGUUGCAGUGGCUGUUGCAUCCUCAGGGAUUGCAGCAACAUUGUUAGAAGGUGGUCGUACAGCUCAUUCCGCGUUCAAGCUGCCAUUGAAUCUCCAAAUGACUGACGAACCGACAUGCAAUAUUUUGAAAAAUUCAGUCAUGGCAAAAGUGUUGCAGAAUUGUAAAAUUAUCAUCUGGGACGAAUGCACAAUGGCAAACAAACGAGCAUUGGAGGCACUAGAUAGAACAAUGAGAGAUCUACGAAGCAACGCAAGACACUUUGAAGGGGCACUUAUUGUGUUGGCAGGCGAUUUUCGACAAACGCUUCCCGUUAUUCCGCGAUCAACGGCAGCAGAUGCAAUCAACGCUUGCCUUAAACUCUCUCAUUUGUGGCGUUUUGUGAAGAAGCUGAAAUUGACAACCAACAUGCGAGUGCUGAUGCAAAAUAAUUCGUCCGCAGAUGUGUUCUCAAAUCAAUGGUUAGCCAUUGGUAAUGGGGAAAUACCAAUCGAUGUUUGCAACGGAUUGAUUACACUGCCGCCGAAUUUCUGCCAUUACACAACGACGAAAGAGGAACUGAUUACUAAUGUAUUCCCAAAUAUCAUACACAAUUAUACAAAUUACGAUUGGUUGAGUGCACGUGCUAUUUUGGCAGCAAAAAAUAAAGAUGUCGAUGAGUUGAACUUCGCAAUUCAAAAUGCAAUUCCUGGACAUUUGUGUCAAUUCAAGUCAGUAGAUUGUGUGACUAAUCCUGAAGAAGUGACCAAUUAUCCAACGGAGUUCCUAAAUUCAUUGGUUUUGCCAGGAUUUCCACCGCACAAUUUGCAACUAAAGAUUGGAUCAGUCAUCAUCAUGCUCAGGAACCUCAACCAACCUAAGUUAUGCAAUGGGACAAGAUUAGUAGUCAAGCAACUCAAAAACAAUAUAAUUCAAGGAACAAUACUCAAAGGGAAAUUCCAGGGCGGAGAAGUGCUUAUACCCAGAAUUCCUUUAAUUGCUACCGAUUUACCAUUUGAGUUCAAACGCAUUCAAUUUCCCGUACGCCUUGCAUUCGCUAUGACUAUAAACAAAUCUCAAGGUCAAUCUUUGGAGGUAUGCGGAGUGAAUCUUGAGUUUCCAUGCUUUUCACAUGGUCAAUUGUAUGUGGCAUGCUCGCGUGUUGCACGUAGUAGUGUAACAGCGGCAGCAGUCAUCCAGCACAGUGAUAAGCAGCAACAGCAACAGCAACACAUCCAUGGAACGGACGGAGGCAUGGGAGGCAAAGGGAGAGGUAUCACAGGAAUAAAUGCAGGACGGCAGAAUAUUGAAGUGGAAAGGUUUGAUUCGCUUAGACUUUCAGGAGGGGAAUAUUCAAAGGAAUAG